UUGCUCAGGCUGGUCUUGAACUCGAGGGCUCAAGCCGUCAUCCUGGCUCAGCUUCUCAAAGUGCUAAGAUUACAGGUGUGAGCCGCUGCACUUGGACUUACAGAGGCCCUUUCAGUGUUCUACUGUGAUUCACUAGAGCAAGUAGGUGGAAGUGGGGAUGAGGGGGGAAUGUGAGGCAUAGCCGAGCUGCAAAGGUUCAAAGAAGUUUCACACAGUAUUUAGUCAACAGAGACAUGUUAGCAAACUAUUUAUUUUAAAUAAACUCUUGAGGGCAGCUGUAUAUUUUUUUCCUUCUUGCGAUUCAGUAGCACUUUCUCCAGUUCUUUCAUUGGGGAUCUUUGCACUCAAUCUUUUCUGGGUUGGAUACUAGGUCCUGCUACUCUGAUCAGGUUCAAGGUAGAUAGGGGUGCCUCCCGACUGGUGAGAUUCUCAAUCCUUACUUUCUUUGGCAUGAGGCCCCAGGUGAGGGGCUUCUUGUUUUAAGUGCCCAGAACCUUCUCCCCUGAGUGUCUAGCUGUCCUGCAUGGGCUGGCCUGGCAGGCAGCGCUUGUCACCCCUCAGCCCCUGGAGCAGUGUCUGUAAGUGACACCCUCUCACUUCCCCACAGUGAAUCCAGUCUCCCCAUCCUUUGUUCUGAGCUCAUGUCCAGGCUGAUCAAGCUUCCCUCAGAUUUCAGUUGAGAGCAGCAGUCUUCCUUUGCCUCUUCUCUUAUUUUGGCCUGAGUAGGAAACAGAGUUUAUAGCUUCCCUGAGGGCACUGGUGAUUGACAUGCCUGAGCUGAUGGGCCAUCCACACGUGAAACCCUUUCCAUGUGCCUUUUCUGACUCCGCCAGGUGUUCGCUCCCUUUGUGUUGCAGAACUGUGGUUUCACAAUAUCAAACCAUUCUAAACAUGCAGAAGCAGUGAGGGACAGAGGCCCAUCUCUCUAAAUCUCCUAAGUGCACUAGACAAAGAGAGAUCAGCGUGAACUGGAACAGUCAGGGGAGACUUUGUGGCACAUGCCGAGUUUAAGCUUGGACCUGAGGUGUAGAAGGGAUUUUUGGACGGUCAUGAGAGAAAAUGAGAAUUUGAGAACUGGGGGUAGAUGGGUGGUUGGGGUGUUUAUGGUUAGAGAGAAUAAGGUUGGUUGAGAAGAGUGAGCCAAGGUGAUGAGGGAAUUAUGCAUCUACUCAUAUCAAAUGUUGAUGCCUAUCAGAAUCACCCGGGGAGCUUUAAAAGCUCUUGGCACCUAAAUUACACCCCAGAAUGUCUAGGGGGUGGGAGCCAUGUAUCAGUGGUUUUUAAAAAUCCCAUGGGAUCUUUAAGUUUGAGAAUAAUUUCCCUCCUUUGUUUCCUACAAGCAUCUGAAGCUUUGCAGAAAGAGUUACAAUGCAAUAGGACAAAAAGAAAAUGAAUUAGGAAGUGAGGAGGGAAAGGUCAUGAUGAAAUAAGGUUCAGAUGAAGCCAGGGAAUAAAGUCAGCUCAUCACAUACAUUCUGUGAGAUGCUGUGCAGUUGCUACUAUGGGCCAGAAUUUUGAUUCUGAGCUGCUUUGAAGCUAAAGCAAAAGGAAAUCUGAGCAGUUCUGAAAGCCGUGAUGGGAGCCAAACAGUAUUUCAUGAGAAGCUGUGGGAUGUGAGCAGAAAGACGUCUCUCCUGAGGCUGUUCAUAAAGAGGGCAUCAUGUGGGGCCGUGGGGAGGGCUUUCAACAGUGUCCUCACAAUCCCACCGGCCAUUUGCUAAAUUACCCCUUAAUAUUGGCUCUGAAAGUCAUUCAAGGCCAGAAUUAACUGCUCAGAUCUCAUGUAGCAAGAAGAGUUGAGCGUACUUCUUAAAUUCUUGAUGUUUAUCUGUAGCUAAUUUAAAAAUCCUCCCAUUUCCCUGGCCUCCUGACUCAUCUUAAACUAAUUAGCCAGACUUGUUUGCUUGUAGAUAGAGUGUCUGCAUUUUGUCUUUGCUGUGGUCAUUUCUUAUUCCUGGCAAUCAGCCUGUCAUUUCCUUCAUUAGGUCAGGUGCUUGGAGGGACACUGCAUUGAUCAAGGCACAAACCAGGUUUUGCUUGUCAUCUUUGUGUGCUUAGAGCAAGUUCACCUGCUUUGGUCUCCACUCUGAGGGCGGGAUCGCCACACCUUCUAGAGCCUGGGCUUAGCCACGGGGCCCAUCUGCCCGUGGAGGCACUGCCCCUGGGUCUGGUCUGUUGACAUGGAGAUCUGGGAGGCAUUAUUGCCUGCAGAUAGGCAGAAGAGGCAGCUCUGUCCCUUCCUUCUUCAUCCCCUGUUCCCAGGCAGUUGGGAAAUACUGAUCUAGCCAGUCCUGUCUUCACCUUGGAACCAGUGUCCGGGGAGCGUGCCCUAGCACAGUCUGCUGUAAUUGGCUAGUGGCCUCAAGUGGGCAGUGGGUUGGGUCAGGAUGGGGACCAACUUGGCAGACAGCCAUCAGGGCGGCCUCAGGGAGGUGUGUGGCCUGCCAGGGAGCGCAUUCUCCACACACCUGGUUGGGCCUGGAGUGCGUGGCAGCCGAGUGUGCUGGUUGCUGGACAGAGGGGCGCUGCAGCAGGGCGUGGGCGUGGGCGCUUCUGGGCCAGGGGCGUCUCUGCGUGCUGCUCUGUCUCUUGACACAUGAGUCUCAGGCUGUAGGUAAUUUGAGUACGGGGCUGGGAUGUGAUGUGUGUAUGUUUCUAGGGGCUUGCUUGUGUGACUUUCGGUGUGUGUUUGGGGCACACAUACACGGAAUAGUCCCUUAGCUACGGGACUGCCCAGGGUGGAGCCGCUGUGCAUUUACGGUGGACUGGGGUGUGCACCCAUGUGGGGAGUAGUGAGCCAGCUGCCUGUGAGGGCCCUGGGCCUGGGGGUGCAUGUGUGGGGUCUCUACCUCCACCUGCUGUCCCUGGGGCUGCGGGCUUUCCUGCUUUGCAUCCUUGUGCUUCUCCGAGAGCUGUGUGUGUGUGCGCUGGAGGCAGGCAGGGCUGUGUUCACGGCGGCUCGCUCUGUGGCCCUCAUGGCCCAUGCCUGUAGUGUCUACAUCUUCCUUCAGGGGGUUGCCUGCGCUGCCCAGCUGGUGGGGAGCUGGGUGACACUGCCCAUAUGGCUCUACUGUGCCUUGCUGGAGACCCUCAGAUGUGUUCCUUUACUCCCGCUGUGUGAGGAGGUGGCCGGGUGGCUGGUGUGGGCCGGCAUGCAGGCUGGCAGAGGCCUGGCUCGGGUGUGGGGUGUGGCGACCUUUGUGCAGCUGUGGGCUCGCACGGUCUUCCUGGGCAUGUACCUGUGCAUGCACAUCUGCUUUGCUGCCAUCAGCUCUAAGGUCCGUGUGAGAGUACACGCACCGUUCUGUGUCUCACUGCCCUUCAGGGUCCAUGUCCCCCUGAGCUUGGGCAUCAAAGUGGGGCUGCAGGGCCAGAAGCAAGGGAGGGCCACUGGGGAGGCAAGUACGCCUCAGAGGGAGAGAUUGGGGAAGCAGAAAUCCCAGACGUCCAGGAGCCCCAAGCCCACCAGGAGAAGGGAGGUGUCACGGAGCAGGAGAGAGCUCAGUCCAGGUGGGUAAGGGAAGGGGCUGUUCUGUGCCCAUUGGACUUGUCCCCAGCCUCAGGUGCUAGUGGCCUCUUCCUGCAGCCAGCCCAGGCUUGGAGCCUGGGUCUCCUCCUGCACAGCCAAGCCUGUGUGGUGGCCCCUGCCCUCCCUCACUGGGUACUGGCACCUCCUUCCUAGGCUGAGUGGUCUCUGGGGAAGGCACAGGUGGAUGACGGGCAGAUUUAAAUCCUUGCCCUCUGCCCUCUUUGAAUAGGGCCUUUCAUCCGGGAGCCUUUCUCCUCCUCUGCCCUUGCCUCUCUCAUACCUGCCUCCCUCUGUGUUUGUCCCUUUCCUGGCAGCAGCUCCCUUCCUCCCCUUUCGUCUCCUGCCCUUCUGGCUGGGCUGUUUCUCUUCUGGCUUCUCCAGGUGUUCCUCUUUUCUCGGUCACUGUGGGGUCUGCCCAGGGACUCCCUCGGCCCGGGCUGCCUCUUUUCCUACCCAGCCCCCUGUCCGAGUGUGCCAGGUGUGCCUGGCCAUGCUCUGCUCACCCCCGCGCUCUCC